GGUUGACAGUGGCUCAGCCGGUCUCAGUAUCGGGCUUCAGCAGAACUUCACCCCGGCCGCAGCAGCUGAUCCUCCGGGGAGCGGGCAGUACGACCCGGCGGAGCUAGUGUCCUCCCGCCGCCACAUGAAGCUCGCCUCCGGUUGUGUGGUUCUGUCUGGACGGAAGCUCCGGGUGCAGGAGGGAUAAAGUGACCGUGGAGGAGGUGACACGCGCAGUCCCUUGCCUGGCGCAGUCGGUGCGCUGACCGCUGUCAGAGGACCAGAAUGCCGCAUUUACGUUCCUGACUCCAACGCUUCAGCGGCUCCACAUCUGUUUCUGGGUGAGAUUCAGCGCAGGGGGAACAACGGCGGUAAAUGCCCGCUCGUCGAGCCGGAGCGUCGGGAGAAUGCAGCAGAGCGGCUGCCUGGCUGCAGGUGGAUGGUCCCAGCUGCUGCUGCUGCUGCCGCUGCAGGUCCGGCUCCAGCUCUGAGCUCCGGCUGAAACCCACCGCACCGGCAGAACCACGCGAGUAAAGCCGAGCCAUGCUGCCCGGGGUCGGCGUGUUCGGCACCAGCCUGACCGCCAGAGUGAUCAUCCCGCUGCUGAAGAACGAGGGCUUCGCCGUCAAGGCGCUGUGGGGCCGGACGCAGGAGGAGGCGGAGGAGCUGGCCAAGGAGAUGAACGUGCCCUUCUACACCAACCGGAUCGACGACGUGCUGCUGCACCAGGACGUGGACCUGGUGUGCAUCAACCUGCCGCCGCCGCUGACCAGACAGAUCGCGGUGAAAACACUGGGUAUUGGAAAGAACGUCAUCUGCGACAGGACCGCCACGCCUCUGGAUGCCUUCAGAAUGAUGUCAGCUGCCCAGUACUACCCCAAGUUAUUGAGCAUCAUGGGAAAUGUUCUGCGUUUCUUGCCAGCCUUCGUUCGGAUGAAGGAACUCUUGGAAGAAGGGUACAUUGGGGAGCUUCUGGUCUGUGAGGCCCAGGUCCACAGUGGUAGUCUCCUGGGGAAGAAAUACAACUGGAGCUGCGAUGAUCUGAUGGGAGGUGGUGGCCUGCACUCGGUGGGCAGCUACAUCAUCGACCUGCUUACAUUUCUGACUGGCCAGCGGGCGGCCAAAGUCCACGGCUUCCUAAAGACCUUCGUCAAACAGACGGACCACAUCCAGGGCAUCCGUCAGAUCACCAGUGAUGACUUCUGCACAUUCCAGAUGGUGCUGGAGGGAGGCGCCUGUUGUACAGUCACGCUCAACUUCAACGUGCCUGGAGAGUUUCGUCAGGAGGUAAUCGUCGUGGGUACAGUCGGGCGGUUAACGGUCACAGGGGCCGACCUGUACGGACAGAAGAACAGCGUGGGCGAAGGGAGCGGUGGUGGCCCUGAGCUGCUGCUCAAAGACACCACACCUCUUGAGAAGGCUUCUUUGCCGGAGAAGGCCUUCAGUGACAUUCCCUCACCGUAUCUCACCGGGAUGAUCCGCAUGAUCCAGGCCGUGCGGCAGGCCUUUCAGGACCAGGAUGACCGGCGGACGUGGGACGGGAGGCCUCUGACAAUGGCUGCCACCUUUGAGGACUGCCUGUAUGCUCUUUGUGUGGUGGACACCAUCAAGAAAUCCAACCAGUGUGGAGAGUGGCAGAACAUUGUGGUGAUGACGGAAGAACCAGAGGUCAGCCCGGCAUAUUUAAUCAGCGAAGCAAUGCGGCGGAGUAGGAUGUCCCUCUACUGUUAGCAUCUAGCUGAUGUGCUAAUGUAGUAAAGAUGGCUGACCGCCUGUGUUAUACUGUGUUAUCUUAAAAACUGGAGGUGGUGCUAGAAGGGCCUUGAUAUUGUUGGAACCUUUUUCAUACAGCUCCCGGAGUAUUUUUUUUUUUUUUUAAGACUAUCAUGUCUGUAUUGUUGCUGUUACAGACCCAGAGGUUACACCACUAUUACGCAGAGAGUUAUGGCUUCCUGUCACCUUGCCUCUGCAGGAAAAGCAAUGUGAUUAGUAAUUAAACCUUUAUUUAUGAGGAAGUCUUUCCUGUUCCUUUUGACGGACGACUUGUGCCCUUUAAGAGGGGGAUGCACCUGUAAAUCAAACUGAUCCAUGCAACAGAAAGACGAGAUACAGUCCAACAGCGGAGGCAGAUGUCGGAGUGGAACUAAAGCUUCUGUGUUCUGCUUGACCGUGAGGGUAUUGCACCUCUCGUCUCUGCUCCUCCUCUAUGUGUAUGUGUCUGGAAGUCAACACCUUUCACUGUGGGUCCGAUUGAGGACAGCCGUUGAAGAACGACAUUCCUCUCUGUUGAAACUUUACUGCUUUAUUGUUGCUAUAAAUCUGAAGAACUUGCUAGUUUUACCAAGUGAAUGUUUAAAAAAACAAAACAACAACUGUGUGCUUGAUAGCUUCGGCCUCUGUCUGCCCUGUGUGCUUCCACAGUAUGUGUGAAACAAGAGAGGAAAAAAAUCAAUGGUUUGGCUGGUGGGAUGUCAGAGGGGUUGACCUUCUGGUUCACGUAUGCAAUAUAUUCAGGCUGAAGCUGGCAGCAGACAUACUUUUAUCUUCCGGCCUGGAGUCAGGGGUUAGGAUGCACUAAACGCUUUAUGCAGUUACAGUAGCCUGUGCAUCAGUUUGCGAGUCCUUUAUGGGUGGCCAAAGGUUUAUACCAUGCUUUCCCUUUCGUCUUAAAGCAUAGCCAUCAAAUACACUAACAUCUGUGAGACCUGUUAGAUCAUAAUAGUCUGUACUGAGCCUUAAGUGUGGAUAAUGAUAAAAUCUUGCACUGAGUUGCGAGUUAAUACUUAGCUACGUGGGUGGUUUUAUCUGCAUAUUGCAAUACAGUGGGUCACGGCUGCUGGAAGCUAAUGUCAUUAUAUGACAUGCUUAUAAAGCCUCUUCAACAUGCACAGUGACACGCAGACUUGUCAGUGCGCAGUGGAAACUGUGUCCGCAGGGUUAGAUCGAGGAGAGUUUAAAUGUUAACACAAUGUCAGAAGAUCCCAUGAAAAAUAAAGUUAAUCAGUUUCUCAGUACUGUCUGACUUCACUAUUUAAGCCCAUUGGUUUAGAGAUGAUCUGUAGAGCUGCACUAAUCAGUAUUCUUUAAAUAACAAUGGGUCAAAUGACUUAUGUUAUGUGAAAGGUGUUGCUAGAGAAACCAACCGGAGGUUAUCACUUGACUAUGCAGUUACCCUCAGCUUAAAGUAGCAUUUUAACAUCAUUUCACUAAUUUCAUUAUUAUCUUUAACUUAAGAGCCUCAUUUCCAGUAUUUAGUUGUCUAAUACACACACUGGCAGUUUAAGGUCGGUUUACAGUUCAAAAACCCCACUGACACCCAAACACAUCUGGCUUUUGUCUGCAGAAGGAAUGCAAUCAGCGUUGAGGCAUAGGUCACAUGACUCUGCAGUAGACACUGGUCUUUAUCAGCUCUGUGUGAAAGUGAUGGAAACGUAACACCCAGGUGAACGUGAUCAUUUGUCACGACGGUUUUCGGUGCAUGACGUUGCACAUGAAAAAUAAAACAGAAAGGCAAACUCCUUAAUUGGAUUCAAUUGCCUUUUUGUAGCGGGUUUACCCACAUUUAAAAUAAAAAAAAACACGUAUUCUCGCUAAUUAUGGUGUUAAAGAGGUAUCACAUAGGAUUGACUCAAAUAUUGUAGCUCUAUGGCAAAGAUGAAAAAGAUCAGGUUUUGCCUACAUCAAGAGUAUAGGAUCAAUUUAUUGUUGUUUUUUUGUCUUUUCAUGGGAUCUUUUGACAAUAAGGACCAACACCACAUUUAUCCUUCUACCCCUCAGAGGCAAAGCAAAGUUUAGAACAAAACACGUGUAUUAUAGCAGGUAUCAGGAUAUCGUGUAAAAUGAAUAGUGGGAUCAUUCAUCAGUUGCCGAAAAUCCAACAUCUCAUUGUGUUAACGGUCAGAAAGUAUUUGUAAAUUUCAUUUGGCUUGAGGUUUGGUCUCACUCCAUACAGGCGAACGAACAACACUGACCUACAAAAGCCAAAAGAUUGAUUUUUUUUUUUUUUAUGCAUCUCUGUCCCUAUGUGCGGCUUCAAGCUCUUAAGCUGUGCUGAAAUACUAUCUAUGUAACGACUACUGAAAAUGAACAUGUGAAAAUAUUAUGAAACGAUAUGUGUUUGUCUUAAGAAAUAAAACAAGUACUGUAUGUAUUUUAUUUUGUAAAAACCAA